AGAAUCAUUCCAUUUUUUUGUUUUUCUAGUAACUGCUCCACCACUUAAUUAACAAAUCAUAAUAUAAAAGAAGCCCAUCAACAUUCAGCUCCAAGUUGCUAUGGAGUUUUUCAUCAAAACAAAAUUCAUUAGGCUCAGAAGCCAUCACAACAGGUACCUAGUAGCAGGGUCAGACGGUGAGUCAGUCAAGCAGAGCAAGCACGGGAACACUAAGCAGGCUUGUUGGAUUGUCGAGGUAGUCCAAGCCAAGCCCAACACUAUCCGCCUCCGGAGCUGCUAUGACAAGUUCCUGACCGCCUCAGAGGAGCCCUUCCUGUUGGGCUGGACAGGAAAGAAGGCACUGCAGACCGUGCAGACUGACAGCAAUCUGUCAGUACAAUGGCAGCCCAUAGGUGAAGAUUUUUAUGUCAAGCUACAAGCCCCAAUAACGGGGAAGUUCCUCAGGGCCAACGCAGGGACUCCACCUUGGAGGAACACGGUGACAGUGGAUGUACCCGAGAGGAAAGCCACACAGGAUUGGGUUCAAUGGGUUGUGGAUAUUCUAGAUGAUGAUGCAGCAAUUGGUAAUAUUGAUCGAUGUUAUUGGCCAAGGAAUUCCAAGACAUUAUCCCAUACUAAUAAGGCUAUCGAAUGUUAUAAGACUUCUUAUUCACUGGCUGAAAAUGCAACUCAGUUUAACAGUUCUGUAUCAUCUUUUGAGGACGAAAGUGAUCAUUCACGACAGUCAUCAGUUUCAUCAGGCUCAUCUACCUCUUCUGCUUCUGUUGUGGGUGCUUACAAGAGUAGUACUGGAAUGGAGCUAUUCCAGAAUGCAAAAACAGUCCGACUACGAAGCCACAACGACAAGUACUUGAUCGCCGAAGACGACGGCGAGUCCGUCUGCCAAGACCGUCACGGGGGAUCAAAGUACGCACGAUGGACCGUCGAGUACGUAAAGUCCGUAGAAAGUGUUGAUCUUGUAAGAUUCAAAGGCUGUUACAAUAAAUAUUUAACAGCAACAGACGACGAGUUUUUAUUAGGUGUUACGGGUAAGAAGGUAAAACAAACGUUACCAAGGCGGCUCGAUUCGUCUAUCGAAUGGGAGCCUAUGAGAGAUGGAAUGCAGGUUAAGUUAAAGACAAGGUACGGUAAUUUUUUAAGGGCCAAUGGC